AGCAGAUCGUGACCUUUAUUGAUAGUACCAUCGGACGUGCAAUUACGCAUAUUCGUCAAGGAAAAGUACUCGAGUAAUUUUAUGUACUAUUUAGAUGUAACCAUCGAGGACUGUCAUCUUUAAUUUAAGGGCAUUGUGAGAAACGGUGGUGCAACUGGACGUGAAGCAACGUCGAGUUGCUUGAGAGGAGGAGGAAAGAAACAGCGUUGAGAUGCCGACUUGCGGUCGCCUGUGACAUUUUAAUGAUAAAAAGUAUUUCAACCCAUCAUUAUGUAUUGUUUCGAUACAUAAUUAUUCACUAUAAAUGGAGUGCGCUAAAUAUAUCAUAAAUUCUUAUUGAGCAAGGUAAUUCCGCAUGAACUGCAUGCUGCUCAUCAUUAAUAGGAAACUAUGGAUGCAGCAGUGGUUGACACUCUUCAGCGGGCUGGUAGUCAGGAUCCUGGUAUCUUGAAGCCUGCAGAAGAAACUCUUAAACAGUGGGAAACUCAGCGUGGAUUCUACACAGCAUUAUUCAAUGUAUUCUCGAAUCAUUCCUUGGCCAUUAACGUUAGGUGGAUGGCUAUCUUAUGCUUCAAGAAUGGCGUAGAUAAAUAUUGGAGAAAAAACGCACCAAAUGCAAUAGCAGAUGAGGAGAAGGAAUUCCUUCGUCAGCAUUUGAUAGCAAGCUUCAAUGAGCCUGUCAAUCAAUUAGCUGUACAACUUGCUGUUAUUAUCGCUAAAAUUGCGAGGUAUGAUUGUCCAAGGGAAUGGGGAAACUUAAUUCCAACCCUCUUGGAAGGGAUACGAAGUCAAAACCCUUUAGCUCAACACAGAGCAUUGCUGACUUUACAUCAUGUCGUUAAAACUUUAGCAUCAAAACGACUAGCAGCUGAUAAAAAGCUGUUCCAGGAGUUAACCACCAACGUGUUCACGUUCAUUUUGAAUUUAUGGAACACUUAUACCGAUUCUUUUCUCAUUUUGGCAUCGAAUGGUGCUGAUGCAAAUCAAAUUCAAGAAGCGCUAGAGAAAGCUUUACUCCUUCUAAGAAUAUUGAGAAAGUUAAUAGUAAAUGGAUUCAAUAAACCAUCUGAAUCUCAGGACGCUAUGAUAUUUUUGGAAGUUGUAUUUGAACGUGCAAGAACUUGCCUGGAGUGCAGGAAAAACCUCAUAUCCAGAGGUAUCCAGAUGGAAGUGUGCAACAAGUUUAUUAUUCAUUUAACGAAAGUUUUAAUAGGUGUGCUGGAAAUGCAUCCACAUUGCUACGUGGAAUUAAUUCCUACGUCGUUGGAAUUCUCUGUCUUCUACUGUUUCACAGAGGCAGGGCAAGCUUUGACUUUCGAAAGAUUCAUUAUACAAUGCUUGAACUUAAUGAAGGGCGUACUGCUGUUUAAUGGACCCCCAAAAAUGAUAGAAAAGACCAAAGACCCACUAAAGCUGAGAGCACUUCAAUUGAGACAAAAAUUUUUCACUGUGGAGACAUUGACUGAAAUUUGCUCAAGACUGGUAACGCAUUAUUUUCUUUUGACGCCUGCUGAUUUAGAGCUCUGGGAUACAGAUCCGGAAAAUUUUGCUGUUGACGAUAGUGGCGCGGUUAAAUAUAAUCUGAGACCAUGUACGGAGUCCGUCUUUCUAGCUCUUUUUCGUCACUUUAGAGAUAUACUUGCUCCGGUUUUGGUGCGCUUAAUAGAGAUUCAUCAUCAGCCAGUAGAUCCAAAUAAUUUACAUGCCAUUUUGUUAAAAGAUGCUGUUUACAAUGCAGUUGGCCUUGUAGCCUUCGACUUAUAUGACGAGGUCAACUUCGAUCAAUGGUUCUCCACUACGUUAAAGCAAGAAUUAAAAGUCCAUGGCAACAACUAUAGAAUAAUCAGAAGACGCGUAUGCUGGUUAAUUGGACAAUGGACAGGUGUAAAACUCAGCGCGGAACUAAGACCAGAAUUAUACAAAUUAAUGGUAGAAGCUUUGAGCCCCGAUGAAGAUCUUGGUGUCAGAUUAGCAGCUAGCAAUGCUCUGAAACUUGCGAUAGACGAUUUUCAAUUUAAUACAGAUGAUUUCGCUCCUUAUUUGGAAACUGUAUUUUCCUUGCUAUUCACUCUACUAAAGGAAGUCAAGGAAUGCGACACUAAGAUGAGGGUGUUGUAUGUUCUCUCAUUUAUGACAGAAAGAGUAGGAAGUGGAAUAAGACCUCAUGUCGCAGCACUCACUGGUUAUUUACCAGCACUUUGGCCCCAAUCUGAAGAUCAUAACAUGUUACGAUGUGCCAUUGUUUCUGCACUCGUUCAGUUGGAAAAGGCAUUGGGCUGUGAAAGUGUUAUACUGCAACCAUUAGUAGUCGGUGCUGUAGCUUUAAGUUGUGACAUGAAUCAGGAUGGACAUGUUUACCUACUAGAAGAUGGAUUAGAGUUGUGGUUAGCACUUUUGGAAAAUGCACCUGCACCUACUCCAGAAAUAAUGGAGCUUUUCCGUAAUAUGCCUGCAUUGCUAGAAUCAUCUACAGAAAAUCUAAGAUUGUGUAUGUACAUAGUGCAAGCCUAUGUUUUAUUAAGUCCUCAGGAAUUUUUGGGAGAGUGGGGCACGGUUGUAGUUGAUACAUUAAAGUCAGUUUUAACGGAUUUGAGAUCAGAGGGGAUAGUCAUGGCAAUGCAACUUGUAGAAACGUGUCUUCGAGCUUUGCCCCAUCAAGGAGCACCACUGAUUAAACCACUACUUAACAGAAUAUUUGAAAGCGUAUAUAAGGGCGAGGAGUAUCCAAUGGUGAUGGCCAUGUAUUUGUCUAUCGUAGCAAGAGUUUUGCUAAUUUCGAGAGAUAUAUUCAUACAGGUCGUUAAUGAAUUGGCCAGGUACAUGGAAGGUGUAGAAACCAACGAAGAAGAUGUUCUUGGACAAAUCGUACAAAUUUGGGUGAAUCGUAUGCCACUUGUUUCGCAACCUGAGAGACGUAAAUUGCUUGCUCUGGCGCUUUGUUCGCUUCUGGGUGCAAACAGUCCACCGUCUGUCCUUCAUCAUUUUCCACGUAUAAUUUCGAACAUAGUCGAGACUCUCAAUGACAUUACUAAGAUUGAUGACAUGGGCUGCCCGAUUGAUAAAAUUCACAAUUAUUUUAGUUCCUUGAUGAUUGGUGAACAAUCGAGUCCAUCACAGUAUGAAGAUGUGGACUAUGAAACUGAGCACGCACAACGAAAGAGAAGACUUGCAAUUGGGGAUCCUGUACACAGUGUAUCUUUGAAGGAUACCUUCCAAAGCCAGCUUAUUACACUUCGACGACUCGUGGGUGACAACCAAUUUGACCAGUUGAUGUUAACCAUCACUCCUGAUGUCGAACAGCAGCUUAAGGAGUACAUAUCCCUUUAAACAUGUCAACAGUAAAAGUGGAAUAUGCUCAUACGCAACGUAAUAUGUAUAAAGCUUGACAGCGCUCUAUUGUAAAACGGCCCUAUUUUAUUGUAUAAUAUUACCUGUUUCACUGUAUUAAUAAUGUUGAUAAUAAAAGGACCUAUGUCGCCAUUUAAAAAUUAA